AUGAAAAGAUUUGAUUGCCUUAGUAACCGUGUGUGGAAGGAGGAAGAGGAGAAAACCAUCAGUGAUACCUUAAGGCUGCUGUAUGUUUUAGCUCUAUCAGAUGAAAAUGCUUAUGGUAUGUCAGCUUUGCCUCUGAACCUGAUUAAGGGAACUACCAGUGCAGCUUAUGAACGUUUAGAGAACACUGAAGAUAUUGAAGAAGUGGAGCAACAUUUAUUAAGGAUUAAAUCAAAGUGUAGAGAUGGUCGACCUCUGUCAUCAAGGGAUAGACGGACUGUACAACAACUAGAAGAGAGACUAAGGACACUUCGAAGAAGAGAGAGGCAUCUGGAGUCUAUUGAGAAAAGCUGGUGGACAAAGUUCUGUGAAGCUAUCAGACCUCUAAAGAUUGUGUGGGGAGUAUUCUUCAUCAUUGUGGCGCUGCUCUUCACUGUUUCUCUGUUCUUGUCAAAUCUGGACAAAGCUCUGCAUUCAGCUGGCUUCGACUCAGGAUUUAUAAUUUUAGGAACUAAUCUGACCAAUCCAUUGAAUAUGCUGUUACCUGUUCUUCAAACAGUUUUUCCACUUGAUUAUAUUCUUAUUACAACUAUUGUUAUGUACUUUAUCUUCACUUCAAUGGCAGGGAUUCGAAAUAUGGGUAUAUGGUUCUUCUGGAUAAGGCUUUAUAAAAUCAGACGAGGGAAAACUCGACCUCAAGCACUCUUGUUUCUCUGUAUGAUACUGCUGUUGAUCGUUCUUCAUACAAGUUACAUGAUCUACAGUCUUGCCCCUCAGUAUGUAAUGUAUGGAAGCCAAAAAUACCUGGUACAGGUGAGAUGUAAUACUACUUUUGGUUUUGGCCUUCUGUAUUAA